CCUCACUCGCCCCGGUCCCGUCGGGAGCGGCUGCAGCGCCGCCCGCCCCGCCAUGGGCUGCUCCAGCAGCGCCCGCAGCCGCCCCCAGGAGCCGCCGCCGCCGCCGCGGGCAUCAUCAGGUGCAAACACCUUGACUGCAGACAAUCAUGAAACCAUAGCUGACCAAACACAGUUGGACCCAGAAGAGGAUGUGAGCCUUGCCUCUGAGGAGACAAACCUAGGAGAGCAUCUGCCAGGAGAGGAGGCUGCAGCCAUGAUUCUGGAUGUUGAGGAGAAGACCGAUUCAGUCAGUAAAAGGGAGGAGCCGGAGGGCACCGAGCCCCUGCCUGCAGGAGCAGAGGAAAGCUCUGAGCUGCCUUCUGUGUGGAGAGAGGAGGGCAAUGGGCCUUCACCUGCAGCACCAGAAGAUGUUGGGGCACCAUCACCAGGACCAGCUGAGGACAGUGGGCUGGUAGAGGGCAGUGACAGCUCUGUAGUGGAAGUCAUGGAUAAAGUACAUAUUACUGAAGAGGACCACCUCAUUGAGGGUGAGACGGGAGAACAGGUGGAAACUGAGCUGCUCAGUGAGACAGUAAGUGGAGGGCCUGAAACAAAAGAAGAAACAGGAGAAGCUGUGGAUAGUGCAGCAGCGACAGAGAUGGAGACAACUAAUAACAAGGAAUAGAAGUUAUGUCUCUAUGAACAUCCUCUUCUUGGGCCUGCUCUUCUGUCCACAUGAACAUUUUAAAAUUUUAUUGGGUUGGGAAGAUAGAAAAGCUUUUAUGGAUUGAGCCACAAGCUACAGACACAUGAAUAAAAGGCAUCAGAAAAAGUUUUACAUAAUAUAAAUAUUCUUUAGUUCAAGCUGCCAAGAUCUCAAGUGUUUGAAAUACCUAAACUUUUACCACCCUGCCACAGAGUGCCUUCUAUACACAGUGGGAUAAUUUUCCAACAGCAGUAUAACCAUUCAGUUUUCAAUUAGGAUUUUUUUCAGGUUCAGAUAACUAACUUCAAGCCGUCUAUACCUUCAAUCAGCCUUAUAUAGGAUAAAGAAUACAGUGCAACUUUUUUUUUUAAAGUGACUGUAUGCAGGCAAUUUCUUUGAGUGCCUGGACUACCAGUGUAUGGAGCUGCUCAAGUGUAUAGCUUAGAGGACUGCGAGAUGAAAGUGCCCAUUUACCAGGCUGUAACUAAAUGCAGAGGUUAGUUUUCCAGAAGAUAGAAGAUAACAGGCUGCAUUGUCCAGGACCCAAGUAGUAUGUGCUGCUCACUCCCCAUUUUUAAACAUAAAUUUAUUUAAAAAAUAGUAGUACAAUAUAUGUGAUGACUUCUGCAAAAACAGGGAGAAGAGGGCAUUUUUAACUGGGUAGGAUGUUUUAGUAAUAUAAAUCCUAGAAGAUAAUUUCACAGCUAUUAGCAUUCAUGGUGAUUAACAACCUGUCUUUAGCUGUGUAGCUCUCUUCAUAUGCAUUUGUGGCUUCUAAAAUAGAUUUCUAACAAGAGACAACUGUAAGCCUGUUCCCAAAGGAGAUGCCAUCUAUUAUAUUUCCCCGUAGAGCUGUCCUCCCAGAGAAGUACACCAUCAGGGACUGUAUGGGUUAUUUUCCAAAAUGGUAAAUAAUAAUUUUGGAGCUGAAGCUGAAUAGCAAAGCUUUCAAACAAAUUUCCUGUGAAAAUGGGUCCUAAAUAUGAUUAGUGUUAUGGAUCAGACAGAAAGUAGAAAUAUGUUCUGAUGGUGAAUGUUGCAAAGGGACUAUAUAUUGGAUAUUGUUGAGGACUGUGUUAACAGGAUGCUCUAGCAUUAGGAAGUAGAACACGGAAAAAAAGUCCAUUACUUAAAAAGAGCAAGCACGUCUGUUUUAUUAGCUUUAUUGUACAAAAGGACUUAACAAAAUUUGGUGCUGCAUGUGCACAUCUGACUCCAGCUGACUCUGGUUUGUAUCAAAUAACCUAGUUGAUAUCCUUGGGCUAUCAGCCUUUUGUGUAAGCUGAUAUAACUUGGCUGUAUCACUAAAUCUAAGGUUUUCUGCUUUGCAGCACUCUUUUGAACUUGUCAGCUUCAUUUAAUGUCAGCAUCAUAUAGGCAACACCAUAUACUUUUAGAACCCAAAUGCAUAUUUACUAUUUUUUUAGGGAUUUUUUGCUAGGUGGAAGUUGCUUUUAUUUUAUUUUUAUUUUUACUAGCUUUCUAUAAUAGAGAAGCUAAAAUGAGCAGCUAAUUCUAUAAAAAAUUUGUGAGAUCUAAUAAAAAAGCAAGAGUUAAAAAUCCAAAGAGAGGUAGUCAAAACGUGACGAAAAUCCAUGAGAAGCAUACUAUGCACUUUGGAGAGCUGAGGAGGGGGGGAGCAGGUACUGAGCAGGAUGAGGACAGCCCUGGGUGAUACAGGACUAGGCUGGGUGUACAUCCAGGGUCCAGGACUCCCCAGGAAUUUCCACCUUCAGCUGCAUCUCAGGGCUGAUUUCCUCCUGUGAGCUGGGAAUUCAGGUCAGCCACCAGCACCUGUGCCAGCAUAACCUCACUCCCAAACACAGGAGAUUAAAUUGGUGGAGGAGCCACGCUGACUUCUUGUAAGACCACGAGUUGCAGUUUGACCAGCUAUAUUAAACAAUUUUAAAGCAUAAACCAAGAAGAGUUCUGUGACAGAGAUCAGUAGUAUUCACAGCAAUAGAGGAGGCUGCACUUGGAAGCAAAAUGUGAAGAUACACAGGAGUCAAAAUGACCUGCUCACCUCAGUCACUCUUUUCUACCACUGUUUUAACAAGGAAGAUGGGUGACAAUGUAUGUUCCUACCUCACUGUUCAACUUUUUCAGGUCAUUAAGCAAUGCAAAUAGAAAAAAGAUGAAUAUAAACCAGUCAAUGACUCAACAGUAUCAACCUUUGUCAAUCAUCUUCAUCCUUACAUAUUCUAUAACUACAACAGAUGAAAGCUAUUUUUCCUUUCUAAAAGAUGAAAUAUGCUUGAUACUUUGUUAAACAUGAAAAUUUAAAUCACCUAAAUUCUUACAAUGCAGCUGCUAGAUAGAUGCUGAACAUCUCUGCCUUGAGAAAUAAAACAUUCCUACCUUGAAAAUUUCAUUGGGGUCUACUAUUCAUGAUCUGUAAGCUACCAAAGCAUGUACUAUGGAUAAAGGGCCAAAAUGCAGUUAUUUGCCUCUGCAAACCUGGGACAUCACAGAGGUUCCCAAGGAUAGAAACUGGUCUGUGUAUCGAAGAGCUUUUUCAUGUUAAAGGCUGGGAAAAGGAUAUGCUCCAAUGUCUAUGUUUUUUAACACAGGCAAGCAUUUUUGAAAAUUGCUUUGUAUUUUAUCAAAAGCUGGACAAUCUUCAGCCCUCAGCUUCAUCCAAGAUAGAAUUAAUUACUUCAUGCUGCAGGGAGAGCUGGGCAGGACACUUGAUGGAACAAACUGGAUUUCCAAGCAAACAAGGAAGUUCUGAUAGAAUUUUUUUUUUAAUUACCAAUAAACACAGUCCUAGAAGAGGUUAAAUUUGCACCCUGUGUCAGCUCCAUGCAGGCACAUAUGCACCCUGUAAGAUCUCAGAAGAUACUUGGCCAUCUGACUGGCUGGGAUUGGCUCUUUCACUCAGUGAGGAGCUGCUUUCAGGUAAACACUGCAGCAAGUGCAAGUGCUUGUAGCAAAUUAGGGCAGGUUAAGUGCUUUAGGAGAGCAAAGUUAAACUUGGCACUGAAGUUUAUUUUUGCAUUGUUUAAUCUGUAGAGUAUAUAAUCAUUUGAAGAAGAAAAAGUUCUACUAAAAGAAACACCUGGUAGAACAUGCAUGUUUUGGUAUUUCUUUACUUUCACAGAAAGAGAGGACCUGUUUUGUUGUGGUUUUUCAGUUACAUGUGAUGGAAACAAAUUCUAAAUGGUGAAAAUGGGAUUCCACCAGCUGAAUUCCAACUUCAUAUUUUUGCACGCUAGCGGCUCAGUCUAGCAAACAAAAAAAGCUAUGUUUGACUUGCCUCUACCUAAAACAGGUUUUAUUAAAUAUCCAUGUACUAAGUAGUUUGUAUGCUAAGACCUAAGAGACAGUCAUGAUACUUGCUUCUCAUAUUAGAGAAUUACAGAGCUUAGCCUUUUUGUUUUAAAGAAUAGAAUCAAAUAAUAAAAGUCUGCUUAAAAAAAUAAAUGUUUUAUACACCUCUAUGGAAGGCUGAUUGUUUAUGUUGAGAACUGUUAUAGCUGUAAAUAAGAGGUUUUUUCAGUCAUUCUAGACUUCCUGUACCAGAAGAAUACGUAUUUAGAUCAGAGCCAUUCAAGAAAAGGCUCUGAUCUAAAUAUGUAGUCUAAAAACUACAACUGGUCUCCACCUAAAAAAUCCUAAAGCUAAAAGUGAAUUUUAGUUCCUGACUUUUUGCACUGAUAAUAAUGUUUUUAAUGGAAUCAAUGUGUUCUGCCUUGUUAGCUGCACCCAGAAUGCAUUUUUUCCAGGUGUUUCACUUAAAUUUCAGUCUCAGACUGACCCUUACUAUGUAAAGCAAUGGUGUAUUAACAUUAUUCCUACCAGGGAAGUCUCCCAAAGGAGUUCUAUAAAGGGCUUACAUCAGCCAAAGCACACGUCAGCACUCCAAACAAAUAUCGAAACUGUCAUCUAGUGUUAUGUUCAAGGUUGGCAAAGAGGCAGCACAGCACAGGUAAGGCAGAGAGGUAAGAAGGGAUAACCACAGCGAUUAUACAAGGCUGAACUUAGCUGAUGUUCAAGACUAUUGAAAUCAGCUGAUUUACGGGAACUUGAACUAUUUGUACAAAUAAGUGAAAUAAAUUCAAACAACACAAUUAUAUGUGAACAAAGCUGUUACAGAGAACCCCAAAUAUAAAUUAGAAAUUAAACUCCAUUUAAAUGGAGUUCAAAUGUAACUUCAUUCAAUUAUAUUAUUCUUAUUAAUUGAUAAAGUGAAGCAAUAUCUGCUCUUUGUUUCCUAGAAAGUCAUAUCCAUAUUAGUAUACUAACUCCUUCCUAACAAGUCUGACCAUGUGUUUUCUCAGGAGGGAUUGCUUAUUGAGUCAGAGUUGUAGAGCAUAAACACAUUAAUAGUAUAGUCAAGGAGACAGAACAAAAGCAGAAGCCAAAACUAAUAAAGUUUAUGUGUAGGAAGUUUAUUUGCAGAAAAGUUAGGUACUUUUAAAAAGUUGUUUGGAAGUUCACUGUUGAAAUACUGAAAGCAUUGUUUCGCUUCUAAUAAAAAUAAGUAUCUCCCAUUUUUUCAAGGGAAAGCAAGAUAAUACUGUAAAAUAUCACACAUCACAAGUAUAUGCUUACUGUGACAACCUCAUUAUGAAUGUUUUUUCUAUAGAGAUACAAUUUAUAACCUCAGUGAAAAGCAGAAACAGCCACUUCCCAUCACAUCCAGGAGGGUUAAAUAGGGCUGACUUCCUCACAACUUUCCAACAGUCCAUCUGGUGUACGCUAAAGUGAUACCAGGAAUGCAUGAAAAAUACAAAAUAUUCUUACUGCAACUGAAGUAACAAGAUCUGGAAAGCAGAGCUGGUGAGCAGGAAGGUAAGAAACCACGAGUGGGACACCUACAGUUUAUCCAGGGAUGGAAGAUGAUUCACACAGUGUGGCUGUGCUAUUGCAUGCUGGGGGAUUUUCAGACAAGGCAACAUCUGCAUGUGCCAUGGCAAGAUUGACAGCAACAUGGUGCUGCCAGAUUGGAUUUUCUUGUGUGCUUACCAUAUGAAAACCAUUAGCCAGGUAAAAGUAUGCAAGAGGAGCAUCAGUAGGCUUUAUGCCCAGAAAUGCACACACAGAACUGAAGUUUGGGGUCGGAGAGCUGAACAGACAGUAUUGGGACUCGCCAUGUGGCAAACCACUGUUAUGCCUUCUCCUCACUGUAUUACUGCUUUUGUGCUUACCAAUAUUAAGUGAGUGUGAUAACACAAGAUGGGACUAGAAAUAGCUUCUGAGACGCUCAAUCACGGCACUCUGGCAUACAAACAACUGCCUCUGGAAGGAGCAGCCUACGAGAUUCCCUCUUGCAGUACAUUGGAUAAAGCAGGUACACAUCUCCACCGUUAAAACAGUACUUUCUCCAAGAUGCUGUUUAUAGCUAUUUUUACUUUCUACACAAAGACAGUGAAGACACAGUGACAGUAGCAUCCAUACGCAAUCUGAUGGCCAUCCUCACAGAAGAGAGCAAAAAAGAGAUGUUGAGGUGGACAGACUAUAGCAGGAAAGAAUUUCUGCUCAUUUCCCCCCGAAUAAACCAACUGUGCUUAGUCAUGUGGCUGUGGGGAAGAUGGAAUCAACUCUGCCAUGAGGCAGCUGAUUUUCAGAUACUUAAAAACACAAUAUCCAUUGCUACUUGGUUAGAAGAUCAGUAGGGAUGGGAUAACUUACUAGCAGCACCAGUCAGACUUCUCAAUAUGGCUUAAUCACCCCAUCAAACUGAUGCUUCUGACCUUAAUGGCAGCAAAAAAAGAGCCAAGAACUGUAAUGCUACAAUUGCUGAAAUCGUCCUGUCUUGGAGAAUUUCAUCCUUAGCUAUUAGGAGAGAUGUAAUAAGCCUAUUCUUCUGGUUCAAAUUAUUUCUUGUUGAGUAAGCAAAAUGCGGAUUUUUUUUUUGUAAUGGAUAAUCAAAGCACAAUCAGGAAAAGAAGUUUGUCCCCAGAAUAGACAAGCACAUUUUUGCAGCUGCAAUUAUAUUUUAUUCUCAUUAAACUUUUUUUUUGUGGAUUUUUGCUUGUUUUUUUAAAAUCAAAACAGUCAAAGUUGAAUUGCUAUGAAAAAAUUAUGAAAAAAGUUCAGGUAGAUAUUAAUUUACAGUUGAUUUAUAAAGUUAGCACUUCACUUCAGAAAAGCAUAAUUUUCUUAUUUCUGAAAUUAAUAUUAAGUUUCUUAAACAGUUGCUUACAUAUGAAAAAAGUGACUCCCAACAGUAAUCUAUUAUGUAAAGAAAGAGGUUAAGACAAUUCAGAAACAAAUGGAGUAAAAUUCCCCAAAGUGAAAAUAUGUCCUACGCAAUUCAAGUGUUCUGCUUUCUCAUUUCUGUCAUUUUUUCUUAUUUAAAAUUGUUACUUACAAAUCAUUAUAGUUUUCUAUGUCCAGAUCACACAUAGAAUAACUUAUGACAGUAUAACUGUUAUAAGUUCACCCAAACAUGUACCUUAAUACCUGAAUAUCCAGUGACCAUCACAAAGUGGGCCCUGUCCUGCAAUCAAGAUCAGCUGAUUUUAGCA